AUGUCGCAAUAUACUUUCGGCCUUAAUCCAUUUGUCGUGGUACCUCUACCCGGCACGUACAACGACGUGCCGCAGGUACCCGUCAUCGUACCCAGUCCAGCUCGGUUCGGCGCACUACCCUUCGUCUGGCAUAUCGACGUCCUGCUCUGCGUCCUAUUCGGCAUCUUUGUCCUCUCGACGAUCCCCCGCGCAGUAGCUCGAUAUACUGCGCAUGGCGAGUUCUUCGCCGGAUUCUACCUCCGGCGCGGCAAGGCUUCUGGGAGCGGCGUGGUGGCGAUGGCCAGGACGAUUCCGGCGGCGGGGCACGCUGCGCCCAAGACCCCGGUGCCGGAGCAGGCGAUGAUGAUGCACGACGGGGCGACGGAGGACGAUGAAGGGACAAUGCGUCUCGACGCGGCCGAUGCAGGGUUGGCGGAACCCGCAGUUAUGCCUACGUCUUCGACGACUGCGUCGCACGCUGCGCUGCUAAACUACGCCGUCAUCGACAACUAUACCGGCUCGAGCAAGGCCGUCAAUCCGCCUGCGCAUGUACCGAGCUACCUUGCUCUCACGCACCCGGUGCUCUCUUAUGUCGCCAACUAUCCAGUUGCGGCUGGGCUACCAUUCAAGCACUUUGCUGUGCUGCUCAUCUACUUCGGCAUACUGCUCUACGUUGGCGUGCGGGGCACCAGCCCGUUCACGGAUCCGCGUCGGCCGGUGGACGUCGCGAUUUCGCAACUACCAUUCGUGUUGGCGUUCACGCAGAAGAAUAAUGUGUUGGCUGUGCUGUCGGGUCUGGGAUAUGAGAAGCUGAACUACCUUCACCGCUUCGUUGGUCGCAUCGUUGUCCUUGGUGUCAACCUUCAUACAUCGUACUACUUGUACCGGUGGUCUCUGGAUGGCACCAUCUACGCACAAUCACGCACGUCCUUCGUGGUAUGGGGUAUAAUUGGAACAGCGGCGGUCGACGUCCUCUUUCUAUCAUCGACGGCUUAUGUUCGCUCGCGCGCAUAUGGGCUCUUCCUGGUCUCGCAUAUGAUCCUCUCUGGGCUAUUUCUUGUUGCUAUGUACAUUCACGAACCUGUCACCCUCCCUUACUUCGUCACCGCAUUCGUGCUCUACGGCUUCGACCACAUCCUGCGCGCAUUGCGUACUCGCGUCGUGACGGUUCAGCUGACCGCCGCACCUCUACUCAACGGAGGAUCGACCAUUGUCUCCGCUCCCACCAUCAUCAGUGGCUGGCGCGCGGGCCAACACAUCCGUAUGCGUAUCGUUCCGGCCCGUGGGCCGCGCUGGCUAGCUCUGUCAUGGGCAUGGCUCGCUGCACGGUGGCGUUCUCGUCCGUAUACUGUAUCGACGCGCCCCGGAUCAUCACACGGACUCGAGCUGAUAGUGAAGAAAGAAGGCCGGUCGACGCAGGCUCUCUUCACGCGCGCGGCCAAAGCCUGCCCUGGCGUGGACAGCGAUCCCGAGAAACAAUGCACAGGUUCAUGUGUACAAGCAACGAUGAUCCUCGAAGGACCGUACUCCGGACCAGGACACGCGUUACCGCAAGCGUUCUCUGGCGCACUACUUCUUGCCGGCGGAUCCGGCAUAACCUACGCGCUCGCACUGCUCGAGUCACUCUCCGAGGCGCACGCCGAGGGUCGUAGCACAUGUCGUGUCGUCGACCUGGUAUGGGCAACCCCGGAUAUCGCUUCCUGUGUUGCCCUACUCCCGCGUUUCCGCGAGCUACUCGAGCCCCGCCCAAGUCCGCAUGGGUCCUUCAUGGUGCGGAUUGCUGUUCACUACACGCGAGUGAGCCCGGGUGCUAUGAAAGCUCUCAACCCUGCGGAGCUGCCCGCUGGCCUAGUACUCCAUGCGGGCCGGCCUUACGUGCGCACUGUGCUUGCAGACGCAUGUCGCGCUACGGCUGCUGCUCAUCCCGGUGUCAGGGCACGCGGUCUAGUCGUAUCGACGUGUGGACCGGCGCAGAUCAGCGAGCAGGCGCAUGCGGCUGUGGGGAGUGUUUCAUGGGAGCAUUGGAGGCAGGUCGGUGGGAUCGAAGUGGUUAGUGAGACCUUUGGGAUGUAG